AUGGGUGAACAGAUAGAACACGAAGGGUUAGAGCAGCUCAUACGGCUAUCCCAUCAGAAGCCUACAGACAACACUUUCCAAGAGUCUGUGCUAGUUAAGUGCCUGGAGUACAUCAACGCGCUGCCCAAAGAUGCCCAUUUAUUCUGUGAUCCUGCCAAUAUUAACAUUGCGUCCUAUGCUUUGGUGAUAUUUGUAUUUGACCAAGUGCCUGUGCGGGACGUUUAUGCUGCGCGACUUGAACAAAAUCUGAGCUCUUGUCCUAAGUGCUGUCGGAUGUUCCACGUUGGAAGAGCCAAAUUGAGAGAGGACUUUCUCCUGGUGAGGAAAUUUGAUCUGGAAGGUGUCACUCAGCUUAUGUCGACCAUAUUCAAGUGGGAAUCAGAACGUUUGGUGCCGGUGUUAUCUGAUUGGCUCGAAAAGGCCGAAGCCUCAGAUCAUGAGAGCCUGAACAGCCAGGCUAGUAAAGCGGUUCUGGAAUGUAUGGACGGACCCGCAAUGUUCAGAGUAAACCCAGAGCUGAAGUCGCUUUUCACUCGUAUUUGCGAGAGGUUGCAAGACCAGGGCGACUUUAUCGACCCCAUACAGAUCAUAUCUCCAGGUCUCAUCUACUUGCUGUUUGAAGGAACGCCGAAAGAAAGAGAUUGGGCCUUGGACGUUUUGCACAGAAACACCGCCAUUGAAAAAGUCACUACUGUUGAUUUUGACCCGGCUGUCUCCGAGGAAUACGAGAUCCAUUUCUUCAACAUCCAGGAUUCAAAAUUUUUCACGCCUCAGCGAUGCAUUGAUUUCUGGUGCAAUAUGAUUCCAAUUCUGAACGGAUGCGAGGCAACUACGGUAGCUAACAAGAUGAUGCUUCCAGCGGUCACACCUGAGAUAGCGAAAAAGUCACCCUUUCAAAUCGUUCAAUUGUGGAAGGUGUUCUCUAAUCAGUUCAUGUCCUAUUUGGAAGAACCUCUACCGUUUCUUCUACGAGCUUUCCAGUGUUUUCUGAACAAGCUAGGACAAAAGUUUUGGAAUUUGGUUGCGCCUUUUACGUUUCAGAAUUUCAUGGAUCCAGUAUUCAGAAGCCCCCAUUACAUCAAGUAUCUUAAAGAGCUGACUCAGUCUACUCUCACACACAGGAACCAAGAAUCCAGUACAACACCAUGUACAGAGGAUGUAGUUGGUUGGAUUGAUCCUCUUUGCAGUUCCUUAAGCUUGGCCAUGAGGCCGGGUGUAGCAACUCGAACGCUUCUGUUUGCGUGGAACCAACUGGGCAUCAACAAUAUCGGAUUUCUUCUUCGCAGCUGCUUCAAGAUCUUCAGCGAGUUUCUUUAUAUUCCAGAUGGCAUAUACGAUGAUUCUUUUCGAGGAGAGGCUCUUCUUAGAAUUGAGACGAGAAGGACAUUGGACCAACAUUGCAAGCUUUUCAUAGAUGUUGGCUGCGGUACUGCUUCUUUUGGAGACGCGGCCCUUAGCAAAGCCUUGAAAUCCCUAGCGAUUGCCUGUGUGUGCCGAUCUCUCGAGUUUGAUGUCAAUUAUCUGGCUCAACGUAGUUUUGCACUCUACAAAGGAGAAACAGUUUCAACUUCAGGAUUAUCUCCCAAAAUGUGGGAGUUUCUGACCGCACCUCAAGUGUUGAAGGAUCAGGGCUUUGUCACCUCGAUCAUUGCUUCAUUGAAAAACGCUUGUGGAAUCUUCAGAAAGGAUGGAACCCAGCUAAAAGCAGAGAAUUUACUUGCUGCUCAACAAUCCUAUGUGGCCAUUGCUCCACAUUAUGAUGCAUUUGAGAGACAUCUUUCAACUCUUCUGUUCAAAAUGAGUCAAUACAUGGAUACAAUCACAUUGCAGUCGAUUUUAACAGACAGCCAAAGUGCCUCAGGAUUUUGGUCUUGCAUUUUUUCCGCAGAUGAGAAAACUUAUCAGGCCGGUGUUCAGAUGUUGUACGAAGCUUUUGACGUUGAAGCGCGUUUGGAAGGUGUAGCUGAGGCUCUGAAAUUGAACGCAGCCAUCACACUCAGCUCCAUCAGUAGACACUUGCAGGUACUGAGCUCUCUAGGGAUUUAUGAAGCAUGUCCAAGGGCAGUACGUAUUCUGAUGGACGUAGUCACAUCCCUAACGGAUCCGAUCAGAGGUAUGCUUGUGACGCUCAAGGAGUUUUCUGCCACGGAAAAGAGACAUUUAAGAGCUUUUUGGAAAGAGUGUUGGGGACUUCUUAACAUGAUCUAUACCGAAACACUUAAGUGGGCCACUUCUUACCAGCAAUCCUUCCUGGUAGAAUUCACCAGAGAUACGCUGGAAUUUUCUGACAUGCUGGUGUCUGGUUACCAUUUAGUCAAGGCUGCCUUGCUCUUUCAAUCAGAUAGCCAACAGGAUCUCUCACAAUCUCUUCUACACGAUUUGCUCGCUACAUUUCCACGGAUGCUGGUGUGGCUACGUCUUGGUGAUGAACUGUUACUGAACUCGUGCGUCACUCUAAUUUUCAAGGCAAUGGACCUGACGUUGAGUCUGGACUUGAAGUUUGACAACGAUAUUAUCAUAUUACUCACCAAGUAUGGCCUCAAAGCGCCAAAGUUCAAGAAUAAGCUAACAGGCGAACAACGUGAUGAGAUUCUGGAGAGGGCAGUAAUGCUGAAUGCCGAUCUGGUCUUGAAGACCAAACUCGAGAUUGAUACUGAAGUCAAUGGCAAGCCAAAAGAUGUCCCACUGCCGUCACAGCAAAGCCAUAGUUCACAAGAGAGGGCGGCCCCUAACAAAGUACAAAGCCACAUCACUGACAUGUUCAAACGGGCAAGUGGGCCUCCAGUGGCUCCCCCAAAACCACAGGCUAGAUUGUCAAUGCUAGAGCAGGCCAAGUUGGACUUGGCUGCAAGAAGGAAGUCCGAACAACAGGCAAUUUCCAACAAAGCACCAGCGGCACCUCGUCCUGCAGGGUUCAAUAAAAAAUCCCAAUUGACAUCCGACGAUGACAGUGAAGAGGAAGAAGUCGAGGAAGAAGAUGACUCUGAUAACGAAGGUCACAUCUUUAUCAACGAUAAAACUCAAAAGCUGAAGAAGGCCAUUGCAUCCCUCAAAUCAGGGCGUUCACUUUUGAGAUCUACUGUGUUUCAGAAGAAAGGAGUUUCCAGCAUUGAGCAACAGAAGAGAAAAGAGGAGUUGUAUAUGCGUUUGAGACUUAAUGUGAACGUCGAUCCUCUAUACAAAGUACUUUUGCAAUGGAGUUUCACCGAGUCCUCUGCAUUUCCACCAGGAACGACCCAGAAUGACUACACAACGAUCAAGAGCAGUUUCGACACUGCUGCAGAGUACAAAAAGACGUUUGAACCUCUUUUGUUGCUCGAAUCAUGGCAAGGAAUUCAAAAUGCUAAACAAGUGAGCCAAGAAAAGCCACUCAAGGUGACAAUAGCUUCACGAGCAGCAACUGACACCUUUUUUGAUGUGUUUGCUUCUGCUAGCAGGGAUGACGUUAUUGACAGAAGACUUGGUGACUCAGAUUUGAUUGCUCUGAUGUUCAUACCGAAUGUCAACACGUUGCCGUCCAAAAACCAGAUGAAGGAUGCUGUUUCAUGCUUAGCGAAGGUUCGUGAGAUAAAGAACUCCAAACCAGGGUACUCUGAUAUGACACUUCGAGUCUCAACCUCUAAUUCUCUGCUGACUUUUUUGACACCCGGCACUGAGUUGUUCUGCAUUAGAGUAAUGCAAAUGAUCACGAUUGAAAGAGAGUUCUCAUCUUUGGCGGGAUUGCAGUAUUAUAAUUUGGUUGACCACAUCGUGAAAGCGGAACCAUGCCCCCCUGUCAAGCUUUCGUCAUCCAGAAAACUGGAAAUGAGAAAGAUUUAUGGAGUGAACGAGUCACAGGCUGAAGCAAUUCUCGGGGCAGUGGAAUCAGAGGGGUUUUCUCUGAUCCAAGGCCCCCCAGGUACGGGAAAAACGAAGACAAUUCUUGGUAUCAUUGGCCAUGCUAUCACGUCUUCAGCGCUUCAAAGUAGGACCAUAGCCAUUCCUGGAAUGGAACAGACUAGGGCUCCUUCAGCUUCAAAAAUCUUGGUAUGUGCUCCUUCCAAUGCCGCUGUUGAUGAGCUGGUCUUGCGUUUGCGUUCUGGAAUUCGGGACUCCAAAGGUGCUCUGUACCGCCCUCGUGUGGUUCGUCUGGGCAGAUCGGAUGCUAUUCUGGAUGCUGUCAAGGAUAUGACUCUGGAGUACCAGGUUGAGUCUGAACUUAGCCAUGAUGAUGCUUCGUCAUCUUCUCGUGAUACUGCUAUACGACAGGAACAUACUGCCUGUCUUGAAGAGAGAGAAAAGAUAAGAAAGGAACUAAAAAACCCACAAUUAUCUGCAGAAGCUGUUGGAAAACUCGAGAUCCAGCUUCAAAGUUGUUUGAAACGAAAGAACGAGCUUGGAAGACGUUUGGAUGAGGAAAGACAGAGAGCAUCGGUUGCCCAUAGGAACAAUAUAAUCAGAAAGAGAUCGAUACAAAACAAGAUUCUUUCCGAGGCUGAGGUGAUUUGUUCCACACUCUCAGGUUCCGCUCACGAGGUUCUAGCUAGCCUUUCCAUCAAGUUCGACACUGUGGUUGUCGAUGAAGCGGCACAGUGCAUAGAGCUUUCGGCCAUAAUUCCAUUGAGAUACGGAACAACCAGAUGCAUUAUGGUGGGUGAUCCCAACCAACUCCCACCGACGGUUCUUUCUCAGGCUGCUGCCAAGUUCAAGUAUGAACAGAGUCUGUUUGUUCGUAUGAUGGAAAGAUUCCCGAAAUCUGUCUACAUGCUCGACGUUCAGUAUCGUAUGCAUCCAGCAAUUUCUUCAUUCCCAAGUGCAGAAUUCUAUCACUCGAAACUGCUUGAUGGCCCGGACAUGGCCACUAUCAACAGCCGUCCGUGGCAUUCGAAUCCUUUUUUCCAGCCUUAUAUGUUCUUUGAGGCCACCGGAAGGCACGAGCAGAAUUCUCUGUCAAAAUCUUUGUUCAAUCCCGAGGAAGCUCAGACUGCGCUCCAGAUUGUCAAAAAACUCUUGGAAACAUACCCUAAUGAAGACUGGACAGGAAAGAUCGGAAUUAUCUCACCUUACAAAGAACAGGUGGGCUAUAUCAGAAAACAAUUCUUCAAGCAUUUUGGCGGUACCAUAAGUUUGAUGGUUGACUUCAACACAGUGGACGGUUUCCAGGGUCAAGAAAAGGACAUCAUUUUGAUCUCGUGUGUUCGUUCUGACGAGAGCUCAGGCGUGGGAUUUUUGGCUGACGUUCGCCGUAUGAACGUGGCACUGACACGUGCGAGGUCGUCCCUCUGGGUGAUUGGUAACCCUCCAGCUUUGAACAGAAACAAGGUCUGGAGGGCUCUCAUAUCCGAUGCCAGAGAAAGAAGCUGCUGCAUUGUGGCAAGCCCUGGAUUCCUCAAAAAACCGCAUCCCGUCUUUCGCAAGUCGAGCCCGAAGGUAGGGAAUAAUCAAUCUGAUUCAAAAGACACAGCAAGAACAGGAGUUGUCAGCUCAAGUGGUGAAACAGACGAGACACCGACCACCAAGGAUAAUGAACAGAGCAACAUUAGCGACGUUUCAGCAGACAAGAAAUCAGACAUUGAAGAGACGGAACGUCAGAAACAGGAGUUUCGUACUGACGACUUACCCGUGGAAGAGAAACACAAGGACAUGCCCAUUAAGCCAAGACCACCCAUUUCUGUACAUAAAAAGGCUAGUGCUGUCCCCGACAAGACAUUGAAAAGUUCCAGAGGGCUAAGUCCCAGAGUCUCGGGAGUUUUGUCACCCCAAGUGAAACAACAACCAUCUGAAACAAUCGUCCCCCACCACUCUGGAAAUCUGGGCGCCAAAGUUUCUCCUUCUGUUCGAACAAAGCCUUCUACAUAUCCCACUCCGAAUAGACGAUCAGGUGUUCUCUCAUCAAGAAACAGCCAUCCUGGCAAACAGGCAACAAGCUCGGGCUAUUUGAGUCCUCAAUCCUCGUCUCUAGACGGACCCCCAAAGAAGAAGCGAAACUAUAACUCUGCAGAAGCCAAGAAUCGCCCAACAGGGCCAACGGUUCCCGGUCUGCCAGCAGACAUGGAACUAAUUCCUGCGGCUGCCAAGUACAGGAACAACAACACGUUCACCAGCCCAGACAAACGUUCCUCGUAUCGAGAUCCUAUUCGUGGUCCCAGUGACCCGUACAUGGAUUAUUCAAAUAACAACUCAAUGGAAUCCUACAAAGGCUCUUACCGGGGAGGUUCUGAUAGAGGCUCUUCAAGAGGGGUUUCCAGAGGCUCUUUUAGAGGAUCGACUAGAGGCACCAGAGGAAAUUCAGGAACUGAUUCAAGAGGUUACAAGGGCAAAAACUGGACAUCAAACUACAACAGAGACCACUAG